AUGGUCACACCAAGUUCAGCAAACCGUACACGACGUAUGCAGACUGACAACAAGCGUUCGCGGGAUGCCCGAAGUGGUGGACGGGCCUUCACAGGAGGUUCGGGACGACGUCAAGCUGCUGCCGACGAUUCAUCAAGCGAUGACGACGAUUGGUUGGGCUACGAACUCGACGAACACCCUCAAGACGAGUUGACGCGCAAGAUAAAGGAGAUUGUCGCGCUGAACGACUCCGACCCGACGCCGAGGAUUGAAAUGGCCUCGCACCGACUGUUGGAUCGAAUCAAGCCGUCCUCGGGAGCCCACAACAAUAGUGAAAACUCUAUGUAG